UGCAACUGGGGCGGGGAAGUGUGACGCUUUCUCGCACCUUCCCGUACGUCUCUAAAACGCGUCUCUGUCUGCGUACCUGAAACUGGUGGAUGCUAUCCUUCUCAUGUCUGAAAGGUAGGAACCGCUUCCGAAGACUUAAAAGAAACCUGUGUUCUGUUGCCAAGCGGUCCGUGACUCCAGCGCAGGCAUGUUUUCCGCGGGUCCCAAUUACGCCAAGUUGAAAACCAACUUGAGACUGACGAUGAACCGCCUGAAGUUGCUUGAACGGAAGAAGACAGAGCUAGCGCAGAAAGCCCGUAAGGAGAUCGCAGAGCACCUGGCAAACGGGAAAACAGAGAGGGCAAGGAUCCGAGUGGAACAUAUAAUUCGUGAAGAUUACCUCGUCGAAGCCAUGGAACUCGUUGAAGUCUACUGUGAUCUUUUGUUAGCACGCUUUGGCCUCCUCCAACAAAUGAAAACGCUCGAUGAAGGUCUCUCGGAAGCUGUCUCUAGCCUCAUCUGGGUGGCACCGCGACUACAGGCUGACGUUGCGGAACUGAAGGCGGUCGCCGAUCAGCUGGCGAUCAAGUACGGUAAACCUUACGCACAAGCGGCUCGCGAUAACGGGCUGUCAACGGUGAGUCCCAAGCUUAUGCAGAAGUUGAGCGUUCAGGCGCCACCGCGGCUUCUCGUGGAGCAGUACCUGAUCGAGAUAGCGAAGAGCCAUGACGUGCCCUACGAGCCGGACAAGUCUGUCAUGGAAGAACCAAGCGACGAAGUAUCGCAGCCUCCACUGAUCGAUCUUGGCGCUGGGGCUAGACCACCCGGUUUCAUCACUCAACCCUACCCCCAGUUCAUGCCUGGCAGUGCACCGCAGGGCGUUGACUACCCGCCACCGCCGACCGCGGGACCAAUGGGGCCGGACUACAACGCGCCACCAGUCAAAGCUCCGCUGGGACCCGACUUUCAACCUCCACCUUUUGCACCCCAGCCUAUGAACUUUCCUGGGCCUCCGCCUAUUCCCAAGGCACCACCUUCGGCUGCUCCGUUCCCAGCUAUAAACCCGCACACUGUCGGCUUCGGCGAAGGAGGUCUGCCACCAUACAGUGCGGUGAGCGGAUUGCCAGACUUACCGUCAGUACCCUCUGGCAGCUUGCCGAAGCCGCCUUCCAAGGAAGACGACCUCGACUUUGAUGACUUGACGCGCCGAUUCGAGGAGCUCAAGAAAAGAAAGUAAAGCACAACACGUUUACCAAGAUACGCUUGUAGUUAUUUUUUUUUCUGC